GCACCAGAACAGCAAGCGAGCCAGCUAGAAGCCAAACAAAGACACACACACACACAGACACAGACACACACAAAACACAAACCAUGAAUCCGACCCGUUCCGUCCUUCCACGCUCCGCCGGUGUCGCCCUGGCGGCGGUUCUUGUUCUGCUCGCCGCGACGGCUUCCGAGGCCUUUGUGCCGGUUGCCCCCGGCGCCGCUGCGACCCUUUCGUCGGCCUCCGCCCUGUGGUCCGAUCCAAGCCAGGGGGGASRGCAGCAGCCCACCGGGCGGCUCGAGCGCAUCGAGUUCAAGAUCUAUCCCGAYGGCCGGGUGGAGGAAACCGUCCUGGGGGUCCAGGGMGAGUCCUGCCUCGAGGUCACCCGGUCCAUCAACGAAAAGCUGGGCAACGUGAUCUCCACCACGCCCACGGAAGAAAUGUACCAGGAGGAGGUCCAGAUCGACCAGACCCUGUACAACAGCAACACGGAGGGCAGCGGCGACAGCGGUGCCUCCUGGGAAGGCUCCUCCUCGUGGUAAAACAAACGAAACCACAAAAC